AUGAUCGCUCCUAUUCGCUCCGCUUCCUCCUCCGCUAUCCGCCGCGCUGCGGUUGCGCUGCCCAGGAGAUGCCCCUCGCCAGCACUCGCUCGCAGGUCUUACGCCAGCGGUGCUCAUCAAGGCGAGAAGCAACAGCAAAGCAGCGAUGUCCCCUGGGCCAUUUCUAGUCUCGUCGUCUUUGGAGGUCAGUAGAGGCAGGUGCACAGCGCAGAGGCAGGCGUUGCAAACGAGGAGGCCCGUGGGGCCCUUUGCGUGAAAGCGAGUCUUCAAGUGCUGCGUUAAGCAGCGGCUGCAGUCCAUGUCUCAAGCCGACGCAGCCUCGAUUUCAGAUUGCUCUGCUUUCGUAUGGCCUGCGCGAUGCCUUUUGCUGACCUUGUAUGCUCCCAACAUGAUCAUCAGGUCUCGGCAUCUACCUGACCACUCCCAAGAAGGAUGGCCAUGGUCACGGGGACCACGAUUCACACGCCAAGAAGCCUCGCGUGUCGGACGACAAGUCUGCUGGACUCGACUUUGAGGAGCUGGCAAAGGGAAAGACGGAGUCCAAGGAUCAGCAUGAGCAUGCUCCCGCAGGCAACAAGGUGCGUGAGGCUCUUCGCGAGCACGUAGGAUGGGGCAGCUGUGUUUGCCGGGCAGGGUAAUGCUUCAAAGGUCGCCAGACAGCGCUUUAACUUAGGCCAGCAAUGGCGUGCAUGCUGAUCAUUCUCUUCUUGGAUGCGCCCACAGCGCCUGGCUGAGCUAUCUCAUACUGCGGAGGACGAACCUUCGUCUAGACAAAAGGCCAAGCAGACUGAUGUCCGCGAGACCCACAAGGACGAUCACGUCUUCAAAACCGGAGUCGCAGCUGCCAAGGAGGGACACAGAGGUGGAGAGGACAGCCACAUUACCGAUCCAAAGAAGACUGUCGCAGCCGCAAAGUGAGUUCAAAGUGGGCGUGCAGGGCUUGCGACCAGCUUCACUGCUCCUUGGAGCCAGGAACGCCGGGGCUGAUUGAGCUUUGCUCUUUAAUUAUCUCAGGACUUCGAGACAAGACGCCGAGGCGAAGGCUGAAUUUGGCGCUGACGAGAACGACGCAGCUAAGGGUGGUGACAGCGAGGAGAAGGACGAGUAA